AGCCAUUGGCUGACUCAAGUCAGCCGGCUGUCGAAGACACCUAAAGUCACCAUAGGAACAAAAGUAAACACGGAAGUUGAGCUGGAAGUCACGGAUCUCAAAAUUAAACGCUAAAACUAUCUUUGCCGACACUUUUAUUCGACCAACCUUUAACGUGGUUUCACGUGGAGUCACUUUACUUUCACAACUGAACAGUGAGGUGUGACACCAGUGCAGAUUUAACAGCAGCAGUCAGGAAUACCUGUUAUUACAGUAAUCCGCAGGUCAGAUUCAUUCAGUGAAUACCUGCCGGAAAAAUGCCAACGUUUGAGGAAUUAGAUGGCCGUUCAGAUGCCUUCUUCCCUGCAGCUUCAGAGAGUCCCCGCCCUAGUGACCUGAUUGCUAAGAGAUACAGGGUUCUACAAAGACUUGGUCGUGGAAGUUUUGGCUGUGUUUACCUAGUUCAAGACAACAAGUCACGAGACGAGGAGCCGCUAAAGGUACUGAAGGAGAUCCCUCUGGGAGACCUGCACCCCAACCAGACAGUCCAUGCCAGCCAAGAGGCCCAGCUACUGUCCCAGCUCCACCACCCAGCCAUCCUCACCUUCUACAGCAGCUUCCUGGAGAGAGACUCCUUCUGCAUCAUUACAGAGUACUGCCAGGAUAGGGACUUGGACUGCAAGCUGGAGGAGGUCAGAGAAGCGGGUCAGAGCUUACACGAGACCCAGAUCAUCGAUUGGCUGAUCCAGCUGCUGCUUGGACUUCAUUACAUGCAUGAAAGGCGAAUCCUUCACCGCGAUCUGAAGGCCAAAAACAUCUUUUUGAAAAGAAACCUUGUUAAAAUUGGGGAUUUUGGUGUUUCCUGUCUCCUGAUUGGGUCAUGUGACCUGGCCACUACAUUCACAGGUACUCCCUACUACAUGAGCCCGGAGGUGCUGAACCAGCAGGGCUACAACUACAAGUCUGAUAUCUGGGCGCUUGGCUGUGUCCUGUACGAAAUGUGUUGUCUGGCGCAUGCCUUCGAGGGUCACAGCUUCCUGUCUGUGGUGAUGAAGAUAGUCGAGGGGGAGACCCCCACACUGCCGGAAGGUUACUCACGAGAGCUCAACUCCCUCAUGCAACGGAUGCUUGAGAAAAACCCUCCUUUGAGAAUCUCUGCUGAAGAGGCUCUCAGGACCAAGAUCAUAGAGACCAGCAUGCAGAGCUUAAAGCACAAGCUCUUCAGCACGACACUGAAAGACAAGGAGUCUGGAGGAGAGAGAGAUGCUGCACAGAUAGCUAAAGCCGUACAGAAGAAGGUUCACCUGCAGACCCUGCGUGAGAGGUCAGAGGUGGACAGGAUGACUCCCAGAGAGAGAAUGAGGCUGAGAAAACUGGAGGCUGCAGAUGACAAGGCCAGGAGGCUGAGGAAAUUGGCUGAGGAGAAAUACCAGGAAAAUCACAGACGAAUGCAGGAGCUUAGGAGCCGCCAUUUUGAAAAAGUCAGCUUGGACAUCUUCAGUGAGAGUGCAGAGGAUGCUGAUCACCAGACUUUGCCAAUUACAGCUCAGGAUUACCGGUCGCUGGGCUUCUCACAGCCAAUAGGAAGGCAGCAACAGGACAGAAUGUGCAUGUCUGAACCAGGUGAAUGCAAGAUCCCAGAGGAUCCCCAGACAGCAGAGGUCUACUAUGAUCAGGAUGGCUUUGAGUCGUGCUCUGAAGAGGAGCAGGACUCAGCAGAUAACAGCCCAGCUCUCACCUCAGACCUUUAUCACACCUGUCAACAGGAUAGUGACCUAGAUGCCAUGAUUAUGCACAUGGAAAAUGUACUUCAAGGAGAAGUCAGUGCGUAUGGAGCAGCAGGAGGCCAGUGCAGCCCUCAGGCAAGCUCCAUGGUCAACAGCAGCAUGGUGCAUACCAGGAUUCAGCGCAUGAGAGAAUCAGUUUCCCGUCGUCUGGGUCCAGGAGUCUUCCAGAGAGUUUAUGAGUACCUGAAAGAGGCCAGGGUGAGGCAUGAGAGUGACGCCAGCAUAAAGGAAGCCCUGGCGAGCAUGGUGAAGACGCCCAGCGACUGCUUUGAGGUUGACCAACUUCUCUACUAUGAGGAACAACUACAGGAGGCCAGAGACGGAGCAGGAGGACCCAAACAUACACAUUCACAACACAUAUUCACAGAGACACACUCGCAUGCAUAGAAAGGUAACCCUGAAUUAUAUAUUUGAUAUGUGUGUGUAAGAGUCCAAUCUAUGCAGUGAAAAUCAACACCCCUUUAACCGCAUAUCAUUGUAAAAUCACUGUUUUUGGUGAAUACCUGCCACAGUCAAACAAGGCUUUUACAGAAACUAGCAUAAGCUCUGCUCUUUUCAUCUGGUUCUUCCUUCGUGCUCUACUUCCUCAUCUCUCUUGUUACGUCUCUGAGGGAAUUGAGAUGAUAGUAUUUGAUCAAUCUCACAGAGAAACCUUUUCUGUUUCUACAUACUCCCAAUGCUUCUCUGCUGUUGCAUUGGACCUCUUUGAUGUGUGCGAGGACAUUAUCAGGAGAGAGAUGGUGUGGGUCCCACUAUUUAAGUGCAUCUUUACUCUCAUCUCUCAGCAGAACCCAUUAAAUGCUUCUUCAGUACAUGGCUUCAGUGCAGUCAUCAAUAUUCUUCAGUAUGUACAUUUCUUCAUAGGAUUCAGGGCAGUUUCCAGGAUGAAACCUGUUCUCAAGAGACAUGGGAGGAGUGAGGGUGGAAAUAUUUAUAUGUUUAGGAGCAAAACGUAUUUUCAUCAUGAGCUGGUGUUUUGACAGGCAGGAGACCCAAACACUCCAUAAUGAACAGCAUUUAUUUCACUCCUUAGUGUCAAAGUUUUAUCACUGUAAAGAUUCAUUGGCAUAUACACAGAGCAUCAAGUCCCCACAGAGAACGACUGCCUCCACCAGCUGGUGCUACAAUACUGCGAGGGAGAUGAAGGGGGAGAGAGAGAGAUAUAGAGAAGGAGUAAGAGAAACACAGGGAGGGAGACAGUUACUGAGACGGAGGGUGAAAGUGAUACAGAGAGGCAGUGAGAGGGCGAAAGAGAGACAGGAAGGCAGAGAUAGAGACAGAGGGAGGGAGUGAUCCUGAGAAGCCUUCUGCCUGUCAGUGUGCGCAACCUCUUUUAUCUCCCAGGGUGUAACUGACGAGACCAGGAAUGGAGGGGGGGGGGGGGGGGGGGGGGGGUUCCUCCAGCUUUGUGAGAUCAAACCCACACACGUCGUUCCCCGUAGAAAUCUUCAGAACAAUCCAGGCUACAAGACAGUGUCUUCUUCCCCCUCUGAAGAUCCUUCCUCCUCAACAUGGUCCUCCAUUGCCCACUUAGUCAACUAUGAACACCUUGCUUUGGUUUUUCGAAGCAUCUGCUUUGGGUUUUCGAAGCAUCUGUUUUUUUCUGUGUGAACGUGGUCAUCCAAAACGAAGCUAAUCAGCUCAGUAUAGCUUGAUUCGUCACCAUGCGCUGGAACAUGCAGACACUCCCAAUCUUCACUCCUCCCGAUCUGUUCUUUGUUGAGAAAAAUUAUCCUUUUUUUUUUCACACACUUUUUUUAUCUGACGAUACAGAUAAAAAGAAAAGUCAAUACCAGUACAUUGGUAUACAGUGUGUUUAUAAUCAAGCCUCGGGGGGAUGACCCACAAUCACUGAAGAAACAACUACCCUGGACACUUUUCCAACAUGCUUCCAACCAGGAAAAGGCAAUUUUGUGUGUAAAGGACAAUUUGUGUGUUAUGGAAAAUGAAAUUAGCAGAACACUCAUGACAGCCUGAGGGAAUGUGUGUGUAUGUGUGUGUGUAAGGAAGGGCGGGAAAUUACAAUGGUAGCUAUACAGCAAUAAAUACUUUAAAUCAGGGUGGGGGAGGGCUAUAGGUCGUGAGAGUUAUUUGCUCAUCACACAGUGCUUUUAUUAGGUUGGGAACCAAACCAACAGAGGGAUCUUAUUGCUUUGCUGUCCGUGAUGGACUCAUUAAGUUGGGUGAAGGAGAAAAACAGGAAAAGAGAGCAUUAGUUCAUGGGCGUGAUUAUCACCAUAGAUAAUAGAACAAGCUUUGUUUUUUGGCUUUUGUUUUCAAUUCUGGCAGACGCUCUGGAUAAGAGCGUCUGCUAAAUGACAACAAAAAAAAGACUAAUAAAAUUCAGAAAAGGAACCGUACUGCUGUUGGUAUCUUCCGAGAUGGUCAACAUUGAAGACUCUCAGUGCUGCAGUUCUUUGGUCCUACAGCCGUUUAAUGGCUUAUGUGGCAUUUGGUGUUUUUAAUGCCACCUCAAGUGUGAGUUUGCUGAGAUUCCACAAAGUUUGCCACAAAGUAGGCGGCACAAGUUUAAGGUGUGUUGGGAAGUGGUGCGAUACACGAGAGCAGAGCUGCUCCUCCUCCCAAACGGUGUCGCGGGCUGGAAGUUCGUCCGAGGCCGUGCGUACGAAGCAGCUCUGUGUUGAACCCGGACUGCUGGACUGGGACAAAAACCACGUCCACCUCCUCCAUUCUCUGGGUUCGACUGGAGGGGGUGCCUGACAGCUUGGUGUGGUGUGCUCCUGACCGUAAUGCAGGGGCACCGCGAAAACAUUUUGGGUCCCGUGAAGAGAUCGCAAUUUGGGCCCUCCCUCUCCAUUUUGGUUAUGUCCGUUUUUUUCAUUCGACACAUGGUGACACUGAAGUGACAGCAAAGAGGGACGCAGUAGGGGGAUCACUGUUCAAAGGUGUUGUGAACUCACACAAAGACAUGUGAACCAGGUUGACAGAAUAGUUUGCCGUCCUGUUUUAAAAGAGUGGGAGUGGUCACAUGACCCUCUGUGCUGCUUGUUCUCGUUUCCCUGAAAGGGAAAGAGGGACGCUCUGAAUGGAGUCUGAUUGAAAGCGAGAGAAAAAGAGUGUGUAUGUGUGUGCUGGUGAACGAGAGAGCAGUAAGAGAGAGGUCUGUGAUUGCAGUGCCUUUGUUAUCAAGGUAUUGCUGAUGUGUUUCCUCUCCUCCCACUAUUCCUCCUGUUCUUUCUCUACUGCUGUCUACAGGCUUCCCUCUCUCCCACACCCCAACUCCUCCCUCAGUCAUAGCAUGGUCAGUACAGGAAUGCAUUAGACUGAAAUAAUAAUCACUCCGCCACAGAUAUUGGUGAGGAGAGAAGUGAGUGGAAGAAGACUAGUGUGUUUAAUGAAUAGUGAGUAGCCUAUCAACAGCAGAUCAAAAAACAAGGUCUCCAUCACUGUCACAGUGUUUGUCUUAGGUUUUCAAUCAAGUUAUUUCUCUCUAACACAACACACUGUCUUAUCUCUCCCUCUCUCUCUCCCUAUCCCUCCUCUUUCUCUUGUGCUCUCCCUUUUCUACUUGUUUCUCGCUGUGUCUCUCUCCCUCUAGGCUACAUUAGUAUUCAGCUAUGUAAAGGUUGUUGUGCGCUUUCCUGCAAGAAGAUAAAUUAAUUGCUGUUUGCGUGGUAGAAGUAGCGACAGUUAUGCUCCAACAGACAUUCCCAUGGGCGAAGCCGGUUUAGAAGUAGAAGAGAGUCAGUAGGGAGUCAGAAUGUAGGCUUUAGAGAUACUUACACUAUGUCAAUAAGAUGAGUAUUCUGUCUAAUUUGUGAACUGUCAGUUGGUCAAAUGUUCUUGUUGUUCUUGAUUUGAUUGGGUCAUUGUUGACAUUGUAGGCAGCAUGAUAUCAGCUUUUUUGAUACAUAAGUGUUGACACAAUCUAUGUGGUGAAAAUGCAUUACUAAACAUAAUCAAUGUUUACUCUCUGUAGAACACUAAACUACCUUGGAAAGCUAGACAUAACAUUCAAAAGUGAAGAAAUAUGUUUUCUUUGUUUUCGACGAGAGCGUACUUCACAGGGAGUCGGCCUUCAUUUGUAUAAAAAAACUACCAGCACAAUAAAACAUUUAAAUGAGGCCACGUGUGUCCUAGUUGUGUAGAUUCGAUUUUUCUAAUACUCUAAUAUCGCCUGUAACACAGAAACCUAAUUUAUUGAUGCAUUGGGGCUAUGGUAACAUGCAAAGAUUAUUUCUGUGUACCCCCAGGAACCACAUUACAAGUAUUUCUCCCAGUUCUGGAAGGUAUAGACAUUGUUCAAACACAAACCGAUUGUUAUGAAGUUAUACCGAAGUAUGUCAAGAGACUUGUGUUUCCAUAAGUCAAUGUGUAAACCCUUUUCAGCAUUUUCUUUUCUUCACACGGCAUGGUACUUGAUUGACGGUGAGCUUUCUCCAUAAAACUACAUUGUUGUUUUUGUGUUUUGCAUGGGCAAGUCUUAUUAAUACAUAUGAAUGUUAACAAGCAUCUAAUAAGGGCCUUAUGAACUCAUAACUAAUGCUUAUUUAAUCUUACAAUAACACUGACCCUAGCCCCUACUAAUGUUAUUAACACUGAAGUUUGAACACAUAUAAAUGUUGAUGGGUAUCUUAUAAGGACCUUAUAUAUUACCUAAAGGUCAUUACGAGCACCUGGAUCCGAAGUGUUUCCUAAAAUAUGAUAUUUAGCAAUUCAGGACACUUUGCAAUUCAAUUCAUUCUCACUGUUUAGUCAAAACAGCAUAAAGGCGUUCUAUCUCAAAAUUCUGACCAUCACAGACAAGAU